AGGCUGUUGUUUAGGUGCCCGGUACGAAUCGAAUGUCGGUUAGUAGCAGCGUACACCUGAACCGCAGCGGUCAGGUUCGUUACGGAGGGUGAGCACCUGCUGGGUAGAGAAGUUUAUUUCGGAUAUUGCAAAGUUGUGCUUAUUUAAAACAAUUUACGUUAAACCAACACCAGUUGAAACAGUGAAAGAAACCGAACAACAAAAACCAUUGUGCGCAAGAAUGGUUGGUGAAUCGUGAAAUACAAAUCAAAUGCGCUCACAGCGAUCGAUCCCGAUCGGUGCUUCGCUUGAUGUGCUUGGCGGUGCCCGUCGUGCUGAAAUAAGUUCCUGUGGGGUGUUUUAAUGUGGGUGGACUUGUGGAUUGGAGGGUAGACAGAAGAGAAGCACAAUAAAAAAACAACAAAUCGCCAACAUUAACUCAAAGUGUUCAACCGGUUUGCUUGAGGCAUCUUUUUUCCAUCGCUUCAAAGCUCUCAUUUGCAAUCCCUGCUAAACGGACCAGCUCCGAUCAGAGCGGUCCGAACGUGCCCGCAGAACAGUCGCGUGUACCUUACCGUGGGGUUGUAAUUUUUCCGCCUCCGAACCAUCAGUUUCAACGUGCGGGAAGCGUUCAAGAUGAACGGUUAUCUGGUGCUACUGCCGUUAGCACUGUGCCUUUGUGGUUUGCCAACGAUCGGCGCUUCUCAACCGGCCCGCAAGUUCGAUAUCGACUUCCAGAACGAUACCUUCACCAAAGAUGGUCAACCGUUCCAGUUCAUCUCCGGUUCGUUCCACUAUUUCCGUGCGCUGCCCGAAUCAUGGCGCCACAUCUUGCGUUCGAUGAGGGCGGCCGGACUGAACACGGUCAUGACCUACAUCGAAUGGUCACUGCACGAACCGAUGCCGGGCCAGUACCAGUGGGAGGGCAUGGCUAAUCUGGACGAAUUCAUCGAGAUAGCGAAAAGUGAGGAUUUGUUCGUGAUCUUGCGUCCCGGGCCGUACAUCUGUGCCGAGCGCGAUAUGGGUGGAUUCCCGCACUGGCUGCUCACCAAGUAUCCUUCGAUCAAGCUGCGAACGUACGAUACAGACUACUUGAGGGAGGUGCAGAAUUGGUACACCCAGCUCAUGCCCCGCAUUGUGCCGCAUCUGUACGGCAACGGGGGCCCAGUGAUUAUGGUUUCCAUCGAAAACGAGUACGGGUCGUUUCAUGCGUGUGAUGGCCAGUACAUGCAGUUUUUGAAAAACUUAACCGUUCACUUUGUGCAGGAUAAAGCCGUGCUGUUUACGAACGAUGGACCGGAACUUUUGAAGUGUGGUUCCAUCCCCGGAAUUCUACCCACGCUGGACUUUGGAAUCACCACCAAUCCGAAUGUAUUUUGGCAGCAGCUGCGAAAGUAUUUGCCGAAAGGACCGCUCGUCAAUGCGGAGUAUUAUCCCGGCUGGUUAACGCACUGGAUGGAACCGACGGCACGUGUCGAUGCAGGAAUGGUGGUCAGCACGCUGAAGCUUAUGCUGAACCAGAAGGCCAACGUCAACUUUUACAUGUUCUUCGGUGGUACCAACUUCGGGUUUACUGCCGGUGCAAACGAUGUGGGUCCGGGGAAGUACAGUGCCGACAUCACGUCGUACGAUUACGAUGCACCGCUGGAUGAGGCCGGAGAUCCGACGCCAAAGUAUUUCGAAAUCCGGAAGGUGUUGCUGGAGUAUUUUGGAGAUCCCGGUGUGCCAGCUCCACAAAAGCUACCCAAGAUGACGCUUGAUACGGUUUGGUUGGAACGGCGUGGAUCCAUGCUAUCGAAGCACGGUCGAACAAUGCUCGCCAGUCGGAUGGUGGCCGCCGUUCAACCGGUCUCGUUUGAAGCGCUCAAUCAGCAUUCCGGAUUUUUGCUGUACGAAACGACGCUGCCCGCUGGGUUGAACCGUGAUCCUUACACGCUUAAGGUGGAACAUCUUCACGAUCGUGCCUACGUGCAUGUGGACGGGAAAUUCUACGGCAUACUGUCGCGUGAAACCAACGUUGACACGAUCCCGCUGAGCGUGGGACUGGGCACAAAGCUGCAGCUGCUGGUGGAAAGUCAGGGACGCAUUAAUUACAACAUUCCGAACGACUUCAAGGGAAUCCUCGGAUCAGUGACGGCUGAUGCUAAACCGCUCCACAACUGGACCAUCACCUCCUUCCCGCUGGACAGCUAUCGCUAUUUGGAAAACUUCCUUUCGCAACAGCCGGCCGAAAAGGAUGAUCUGGUCGGUGCGGGAGCACAGAUUUACUACGGCACCUUUUCAAUCAAUACCGACACGAUCUACGAUACCUACCUGUAUCCGAACGUGUGGGGUAAAGGAUUGGUGUUUGUCAACGGUUUCAACUUGGGUCGCUAUUGGCCGCUGGCCGGACCCCAAAUUACGCUCUACGUGCCGAGACACAUUCUGCGGAAGGGAAGCAAUCAUAUCGUCAUGAUCGAGUACCAGCAACACGUCCAGCAUCCGUACGUGCAGUUUGUCGAUAAGCCCAUCUUUACAUAGGACGCAAACUAAACCACAGUGAAGCUUAAAUCGCUACUCUUUCGCUGCUUUUACAGAGCUUUAGGUGAAAUUUGAUUGUCGAUGUUUCGGCAAACGUCUGCAUCAAAAUACAGUAUUGUUAAAUUCA